UGUCGGAAAGAUCGACCGAGAAAAAUCGAACGAAAGUUCGACCUACAUUUCCCGAUCAAUAACUGGCCCAACUGAUUCUCCUCGUCGAAUUCAGACGAACAAAUGAUACUCACACUUCUGAUUGGUUUCUGCAUUGGACUUUCUGAUGGUUUUCGAGGACCACAUCACCCACGAAGUGCUGUUUCCCAUCAUCAUUAUUCCCCACAAAAAGGUGUUAAAAUAACGCAAGAUGCAGAACUACUUCAGGACACAACGCAUUUAAAGGAAGACAUAGGACCGUUGGCAGAUCAGUUGGACUUUUUGAAUAUGACCGAACCAGAAAUCGAAUUCCAUUACUUUAAAGUUCACGAUAUCGACAAUAACGAGAAAUUGGACGGGUUAGAAAUUCUUUAUGCGAUUCAGCAUACAUUUCACGAAAACAGACUUACCGAAACUGAACGUGAUAAUGUAAGUGAAGAUACGAGAACUAUGGAUUAUGAAGAUGAUUUACCUUGGAUUGUAGAACUGGUAGACAGAGUGCUGAAGGAAGACGAUUUAGAUCACGAUGGAUAUCUUGGAUAUAUCGAAUAUGUACUUGGAAGACAAAGGGAUCAUAUUGCUCAAGCAAAAAGGGACAGCAAACUGAAUAUCGGAAAAUAA